AUUCACUCAGUCACUUUCUUUAAUUCCAACGAGCAAGGCACAAUUAAAUAUUCGUAAAGACACUAUACUCCGGGUAGGUGAUAGCUUGGUUUUUACAUUAGUGGUGACCUCGACGUGAUUGCUCGUUGGGUCAGUUUUAGUUGAAAGUGGACUAGUUAUAGUGGUCAGUGAGUUGUGACCUUUUGAGUGAAUUAGUGUACGUGCAAAGACUGUUCCGUGGAAAUCCUGGGCGAUUGUUGCUGUCUGGACGAGGAGCAGAUUCAAAGGAGAGGAUUCACAUCAAGCCUUGGCUCAUUGAGGACCCGACCCUGAGUAUUCGGGGGCUGUUCAGGUGAUACCUUUCUAGUUUUUAUUGUUGCUGUGAAGUAGUCCGUGAGGAAGGAGUGACCGACCAGAUUGACAUCGGCGUGUCCGACCGAGAGGAACUUCAACUUUAUUCGUCUAUUAAUCAAUUACUGUCUUGCCUCGUUGAGGGCCCCAUCCUGAGCGUUCGGGAGCCAUAGAGAUAACAUCAUGGAUCGACUGAAGAAGGCGAGGGCUCCAGUUCGAGCUUCCAUUACCAAGACGGUGGAUGGUGUAGUUGCUGAGUUGGCGAAAGGUUCAAAGGACUCGAGAGAACUUACCAUCAAGUUAAGGAAGUUGGAAUCCCUGCAGACGUCGAUCAGAGAACAUGAUGAAAAGGUGCUUACCCAGAUGUUGGAUGACAAUUGCACGGCGGAGUCUUAUGGGGAGGAGAGUGCAGUGAAUGAAGAAUAUUCAGAUAGAAUCAGAGUUUCUAUUAUGGAUAUUGAGAAGAUUCUUAAUGCAGAAAUCCGUCCACCAAGUCCGAGUGCAAGUAGCAGCUAUGUCACCGUGAAUGGGGAGCGUAUCAAAAAGGAUAGAAGCUUCAAACUGCCCAAGAUCGAGCUACAGAAAUUCGAUGGGAGUUGGAAGAAUUGGUUGGGGUGGUGGGCGCAAUACCGUCAGAUUCACGAAGAUGGAGAGUUACCAGUCAACGUGAAGUUUCAGUAUUUGGUGCAAGCCAUCGUCCCCGGAUCAGAAGCAGAGAAAGUGAUCAAGAUUUAUCCGCGCUCGGAUCAGAAUUAUCCAUUGGUGGUUGAGAAGCUGAAGUCCCGGUUUGGUGAUGAGAAGAUUUUACGCCAAAUUUAUAUUAGACAAUUGUUGGGCCUGGCUAUCAAUAGCGCCGCGGAUUCAAGAGAAGAUGCCGACGUGGAAGAGUUGCAUGACCAGUUAGAAGGUCAUUUGAAAAGUCUCGAGUCGUUGGGGAAAGUUAGUGAUCCAAGUGAACUCAUUUAUCCAUUAGUGGAAUCCAGUCUGCCACAGCAAGUGUUACUCCGUUGGCAGAAUAGUAACUUAAGGGUACGCGAGAAGAAAUCGGAUUCAACUUCUGCUACCAAUUUAGAAAAUUUGAUGGAGUUUUUGCGGCUGGAGGCACAGAAUGCCAAAGAAAGAAAAUUUGUGUUGUCAACCUUCAGGCAAAGUCCAGUCAAGAAUAGAGAGAAAGUAAACGUGUAUGCAGAGAGUGAAUGUGAAGAUUUCCCCACUGCUGCCGGUCUCUAUUCAAGUCAUCAAGCUGAGCAGCGAUGUGUCUUUUGUGGAAAGUCGAAUCACAAAAGUCAGAAGUGCUAUAAGGCUCAGACAUUACCUCUCGAGGAGAAGAAGAUCCUGGUGAAGGAGAAUCGGGGAUGCUUCAUCUGCCUGGGAAGAGGACAUUAUGCAAAUGACUGUACCAAGGAGGUCAGUUGCCAAACUUGUGGACGGAAACACUACUCUGUGAUGUGUCCUGGUCAGGUCCGAGAUGAGGAAGUGACGUCAAUUAAUGAAGAUGAAUCAAGUAGUUCGGUGGAAGAAACCAACACAAACUUCAGUCAGGGAUGCAAAAGUAAAGUUGUCCUGAUGAAGACGCUUCGUGUCAAAGUGGGCGGAACAAAUGGAGCCAAGAAAGAAGUCCGGCUACUUUUCGACGAGGGAAGUCAGAGGUCAUACAUCAGGACGAAGACAGCCCAGGAAUUGAAAUGUCAAGUAGUGGAAAAGUUGACUCUGCAAAAUAGUUUGUUCGGUGGACAUGUGACCAGCACCGAAGAAAAGAAUUGUUAUCGGGUCAACGCCAGCGGUAUCGAUAGGAAGGAUUGUAAGAGGAUGAGUCUCCAGUUGGUCAACGAGGACUUUAUUUGUGGAGCAUGCCCAGCGAUCCCACCUGGCCCUUGGUGUAAAGAGUUGGCUCGGAAGAAGAUCCACACGACAGACACUUCAGCGUCCGAAGUCGACAUAUUGAUAGGAAGUGAUCUGUGGGGAAGUUUGAUGACCGGAAGAAUGGUCAAACUUGGAUGUGGAUUGAUCGCCGUGGAAUCCGUGUUUGGAUGGUCUAUCAGCGGAGUGGUUCCAGGUGUCAACAAUAGCAAGUUGAAUUACGCUGGUGUCGUAAUUAGUUCAAUUGGAAGCAAAAGCUCUGUAGAGAAGAAAACUCAAGAAGAGCAACAACGAGUCGAGAAGACCACUCAAGAUAAACGUGUAAAGGUCGACGAGUUGAGACGGUGGGAGCGAAGUGUUGUGGGGGUUCCAAGAAUCGGCCAGCCUGCCAUGAGGGGGUGCGGAUUGGGAAACGCAACAGCUUCACUCCAAAGAAGUCAAGAUUACUCUCGACAACAAAGGAAGAUGGAAGCUUGUAACCCCAUCGGAUUCAGUCGUCCAGCCUCUAUUAAGCCGAAGAUGAAGGUGCAGAAAGUGGUGGAGAAGAAUGCCGAAUGGUGGGAGCGACCGACCCCUAGGAUUUCAAGAUGUCAAGACAAGAAGCAAGUCCAGAAGGAGCCGGAAGUUGGUGGCUUUGGACUAGCAACGUUGGCUAUGGCGCAUAAUCGAGGAUAUUCUAAUAGAUACUUAAUCGAACAGAGAGUCCUAAAUACGUUACGCUUCAUAAAAAACAACAUGACCAACGUCAACGGCUGGUACUAUCACUUUAUCGACAUGUACACUGAGGAACGGUGGAACACGGACGUUGAGCUGAGCUCGAUCGACACGGCCCUCUUGAUGGGAGGUGUAGUCACUGUUGGUCAGUACUUUAAGGACAUACCAGAAAUUGUAUCGCUUUCGAAAGAAAUUUAUGAAGCGGUUGAUUUCGUUUGGAUGAUGAACGGGACAGAAUUUAUUAACAUGGGAUGGAAACCAGAAAGCGGGGUUUUAAAUGACUCAUGGAAUCGUACUGGCUAUUGGGUCGCCUACUCACCCGAUUCCGAUCAAUGCUUGGAAUGUGUUUUCGAGGUAUGCAUUUAA